AUGUGCGCCACCGACAACGAAAACAAAGGCUCCGCCGCCCCUUCGGAAGACACUGUUUCCACCAUGAAGAGUGCCUUCCAGACUAUCCAGAUGACAACCGCAGCAUUGUUGAUCACCACUAUUGCUCUCCUCAUUGCCACUUGCGUCCUCGCUGCCGACAAGUCUGGAUCCCCAUCCACCGAGGUGGCUGCUGUCGCCGCGACACAGACCGUCACUGAGACUGUCACUGUCGAAGUGCCCACUUGGCCCACUGUCAGGCCACCUGCCGGUGAAAACCCUUGCGCUGGAAAGAAGCCCGACCUUCCCAAUAUCCAGUGUGUCAUUGAUGCCGUGGAACAAACUGGUGAGCAGGCCGGAGCCAAUGUUACCAAGGGAUACAAUGGUUUGAAGGAAACCGAAGCCACCCCCAUCACCCAAAACUACUACGAAGUCGGUAUCUGCCCCGUCAAUGUCCAUUGGCAUCUUGGAGCCGAGCACUACUCCCUUGGAGAGUUCGAUGAGACUGGAACUGGUCCCACUGAUAUCUCUGGACGCCGCAAACUUGCUGGAAAGACUCGUCAAGGAUUCCAGUGCAAGCACUACAACGAAAACGAUGCCAAGUUCACCACUCCUUACGAAUGGAAGCACUGCGACGCCACCAUGGAAGUUGGACAGACAUACGAAGUCCACUGGCCCCACUCUGCCGCUGGAGCUUGCGGAACCAUCAACCAGUACCAAACUCCUUUCUACGAUGGUGUCUUCUGCCGUGAUGGUGUCCUCACUGACACUGCUGCCCAGAUUGGUGUCCAAGGACAAGUCUUCACCAUUGUCAACGACGAGGCUUACUACUACCCCGACCUCAUGCGCGGUAUGAUUGUUGAUGGAGAAUUCGGAGCUGACAUGGCCAUGUACACUGGAUCCACCACCGGAACUUCUCGUGACAACGAAAUCUGCUCUCAGUACGCUCCCAUCACUUGGCAAGUUGACCGCAAGUGCCACCUCAUCUCCGCCUCUACCUUUGACAAGAUGUGCGCUGACAUGAAGGCCCAACGUGACGACAUGAGCGAUGACUUGUACGCCCACGGAUCUCGCGAACUUGUUGCCGACCACCUUGCCGCCAACAACCACGCCAACCUCCGUGCCUAA